GUAGUAUUAUCAAACUUGGAAGCUCAGUUGUUGCGGACAAAGCACGUCACGGUCACCCACCCCAGAACUAGAAAAUGAGCCAAUCAUGCAAGUUUAGCAGUGGACUGGAAUUGGCAAAUUUGGUGGUAAACUCAGAACUGCUCCAUCGUUCCUGGGAUGCAAUUUCUGACCUUGAAAAACGUUCCCGCCAUGUUCCAGACCUUCCCUUAUCUGUUGAAUACAAAGACUCUGAACAUCCAGGUGUGGGUACCAUCGUCGCCUUCGCUUGCCCGCCAUCCUCUGUAAAUGUGCAGCAGCUUGAAAGAGUAGGUACAGACUUGGUUUCAGCAGAUGAAAUUGCCGGCUUCUUUUCUAUGUUUGACUUCGUGCGGACCAAAGUCAACCCAUCCUUCUCCGUCCACAAAGCUGCUGCAUCGCUUUUUAGCUCUCAUAUGCACUUGCUCUCCCUCCUGAAAGAGAAGCAUGGCAAUUCCCGUCCACUAAUCAUUACAGGCCAGUCCAUGGGAGGAUCAAUUGCAUCUCUUUUUACUUUAUGGCUUCUUGGCGACAUUCCCACCAAGGCCACCAAACGUCCACUUUGUGUCACCUUUGGCUCGCCACUUCUAGGUGACCGCAACUUCCAGAAUGCUAUAUCGGAACGUCCAACAUGGAAUUCAUGCUUUUUGCACGUAGUCUCACCUCAAGAUCCUAUUCCCAAAACCUUUGUCUCAUCCUAUGGUUAUCUUAGUAACAGUUCAAUUUCCCAAACUGGCUACAUGCCAGUUGGUACAUUUUUGUUUUGCUCAGAAAGAGAUGGAGAUAGUGCUUGUUUCGAGGAACCUCGAUCUGUUGUGCAACUCAUGUUGGCAAUGAGCUCAGAACUCGAAGAAGAGCAACGACAGAAAAGGAAUUUUCAAAAUGUAGAUUACGGGCUCAUUUUGGAGCGUCUAAAACGCUAUAAUCCAGUACGUAAGGAAUAUUCACCUCUUCAUCAAUCAAAUAUAAAUCCUGUUGAAGCAGAAACUAUGAUACAGUUGGAAGCUAUUGGAGUCAAGAGAUUACAGGGAAAUCAGGGCAACCGUAUGACUACCUCUCUGAUAGCAAAUGUAGCAAGCUGGACGGAAGAUUAUCUAACACAGAGGAGGAAUAUCUUUGAUCCUACAAAGAAACUGAAUGACAUAAAAAUAGAUAUGGCUUAUCUGGAAUGGUAUAAGAAGGUGUCGGUUGAGCAGGGAGGAUACUAUGAUAGUUACAAACUUUGGCGCUGGAAAAGUAGGGAUGAAAUCAAAAGCAGACAUGAAAUCAUGAAGCGCAAGAGAAUUCUCACUCGAUACUGGAGAGGCAUAGUUGAUGAAGCAGAGCAAAUGCCUCAAAAAGAAGGUUUGGCUUUUCGGACUCGUGGGCUUUAUGCAGGAACCAAUUACCGAAGAAUGGUUGAACCACUUGACAUAGCUGAAUACUACGGUGAGGGAAAGAAAGAUUAUCUAACUCAAGGAAGACCCAAACAUUACAGGUUGUUGGAACAAUGGUUGAACGAGGACAAGCAGCCUGGGACUGGGAAUAGAAACUCAAGGAGCAAGGCUUGUAGUCUCACAGAGGAUUCUUGCUUUUGGGCUCAUGUGGAGGAGGCUACUAUAUGUUGCAAUGUAUUGAAGGAUGGCCAAAGCAGCCUAAAAGACAGAGAAACAUCAAGGAAAAGGCUCGUUGAAUUUGAGCAAUAUGCCAUGGAUUUGAUAAAUACCUAUUCGGUGUCUGUUGAGGUUUUCCUGGAGCAGAGCAGCUUCAUGCAAUGGUGGAAUGGGUAUUCUGAACUCAUCGACCUCAUAGGAGGAUUUUUAUGUCAGUCUCCCUUGAGGGAUUUCAUGAAGAACAAGCGCUAUAGAAAUUAUGCUUAGGGAGUCGGAAAAUAAUAAUGAUGUGUAAAAAUUGCUUGGGUCAUUUUUCAACACAAUAAUAGAAAGGUAACAGCAGCCACCAUCUCAGGAAAGGAGUCACGAGAUUCCAAAAUGGAA